UUGACAGUGACACAUACAAUAACAAUCAUUAAUUUCCUUUCCAGCGCUCCAUUCUGUCAUGGAUUUCAACGAGAAUGAGGAAGAAGCUUUCCAAGAACCUCAGGACGCGGUUUUACCUGAGGAUGAGAGUCAAGACCAGGAAGUGGACAACGCGCAGAUCAGUCUGGAGAUCAGCACCGCGCUGGCCGGGGUGCUCAGAUUGAGCCACGACCCCAAGUUCCAGCAGCACUGCUACAGCCUGCUGGGCGUCCGCGGAGCCAGCGAAGCGCAGAUCGUGAUGCAAGGUUUGCUGGACAAGAUGAUGGCUGACAUCGAUGAGGAAAAUGAGCAGAAGAAAAGCCAAAAUGAUUCCAAUGUACAGCAGGAGAAUUAGCAGAAAUAAAGUUAGAUUUG